AUGAUUCCUCUCUUCAACAAAGUGCUUCCUCUCUUGAUCAAGAUGCUUCCUCUCUUCAUCAAGAUGCUUCCUCUCUUCUUCAAAGUACUUCCUCUCUUGAUCAAGGUGCUUCCUCUCUUCAUCAAGAUGCUUCCUCUCUUCAUCAAGAUGCUUCCUCUCUUCAUCAAGGUGCUUCCUCUCUUCAUCAAA